UCGUCGUCAAAGGCCCGCCAAACUGUUGCUUCGCUGCCCCACUCGUGUGCCUUGUGCCCCUCAGGCCUCAGCCCCUGUCUCGUCUCAUUUCCGGGAGUUGUCCCCACCCAUGGCCGGCCUCGCCCGGCACCCUCCCUUCCUCCGUGUGUUCUACCUCAUCGGCCUGCUGGCCUCGCUCAUCCCGGCCACGUCGCCGGCGCAGCCACCGGAGACGGUCGCGGUGGGGCUCAUCAUCGACGCCGACUCGCCCGUCGGCAGGAUCGCCAGCACCACCAUCCCGAUGGCGCUCGACGACUUCUACGCCGCCUUCCCCAACGCCUCCGCGCGGGUCCGCCUUCUGCAGCACGACUCCGGCGGGGACGUCGUCGCCGCCGCGUCCGCCGGUAUGGACACGUGUCCCCCCAUCCGCCCCCAGCCACUCCGUCGCCUCCGUUGCCUGAGCCUGACGUCGUCUCGCUCGUCGCGUGCGCGUGCGUGCGUGCGUGUAGCGCUGCAGCUGAUGACGACCCAGGGCGCGCGCGCCAUCCUGGGCCCGCAGUCCUCCGUCGAGUCCGCCUUCGUCGCGGACCUCGCCACGCGCGCCGAGGUCCCCGUCGUGUCCUUCUCGGCGACCAGCCCGUCGGUGUCCCACUCCGAGGCGCGCUUCUUCGCGCGCGCCGCGCUCAGCGACGCCGCGCAGGCGGAGGCCAUCGCCGCGCUCGCCACCUACUUCGGCUGGCGCCGCGUCGUGCCCAUCUACCAGGACGACGACUACGGCGCCGCCUUCGUGCCGUUCCUCGUCGACGCGCUCACGGCGGCGCGCGCGGAGGUGCCCUACCGCUGCGCGCUGCCCGCUGGGGCGUCCAGGGACGCCGUCGCCGCCGCGAUGUACCGCCUCGAGUCCGAGCAGACGCGCGCCUUCGUGGUGCACGCGCGCACGGAGCUCGCGGAGCUCGUCUUCGCCGCCGCCGUGGAGGCCGGGAUGAUGGCGGAGGGGUACGCGUGGGUCAUCACCGACGGGCUCACGGGCCUCCUCGGCUCCUUCCACCCGCCGCAGGGCGUCAUCGGGCUCGCGCCCCACGUGCCGCCCACCGCACGCCUGCGCGGCGUCCGGAAGCGGUGGGCGCACAGGUUCAUGCGCCAGCACCAGGACGCCGAUCCGGCUCACGCCGAGAUGGGAUGCUACGCGCUGUGGGCGUACGACGCCGCGUGGGCCGUCGCGUCCGCGGCCGAGCGACUUAGCACCGGCGACGACCUGUCGUCGUCGCUACCGGGGCUCGUCGGCGGCAGGAGCGGCCCCACCGACUUCUCCGGGCUCGGGAAGUCAAUGUCCGGUGAGAAGUUCCUCGAGGCAAUAACCAGCACUACAUUCGAGGGCCUCGGCGGCAGGUUCGAGCUCCUCAACGGCGAGCUGCCAGUGCCGGCCUUCCGGAUCGUCAACAUCAUGGACAACGCCAAGGAGCGGGGCAUCGGAUUCUGGACGCACAAGGCCGGACUGCAUAGGCAGCUGGGGCGCGGCCGCGGCGGGAUCGCGUCGAACAGCGGGCUCGCGCCGGUGAUCUGGCCGGCGGACUCGACCGUCGUGCCCAUUGGCUGGGUCCAGCCGACGAGCGGCCGGAAGCUGCAGGUGGCGAUGCCGGCGGGGCGCGUCGACCCUGGGUACCGGUCGAUCAUGCACCUCGACGUCGACCCAGCAACGAACCGGACGGUAGCCGGCGGGUUCGUGAUCGAGGUGUUCGAGGCGGCGGUGCGUCUGCUGCCCUACGCGCUGCCGUUCGAGUACGUGCUAGUGGGCUCCAUGCGCUACGAUGCUCUAAUCGAGAGGGUCGGCAAAGGGGAGUUCGACACGGCGGUGGCGGACAUCACCAUCACGGCGGAGCGGUCGAAGCACGUGGACUUCACGCUGCCGUACAUGUCGUCGGGGAUCUCCAUGGUGGUGCCGGUGCGCGACCAGCGCAGCAAGCGCGCCGCCUGGGUCUUCCUCAAGCCGCUCAGCUACGACCUCUGGCUCGUCAGCUUCGCCUUCUUGGUCUUCACCGGCUUCGUCGUCUGGGCCGUGGAGCACCGCAGCAACGAGGAGUUCCGUGGCCCGCCGUCCUACCAGAUCGGCACCCUCCUCUACUUCGGCUUUUCAACCCUCGUCUUUGCACAUAGGGAGAACCUGAAGAGCAACCUGUCGCGGAUCGUGGUGGUGGUGUGGGUGUUCGUGGUGCUCAUCCUGCAGUCCAGCUACACGGCGAGCCUGACGUCCAUGCUGACGGUGCCGCAGCUUGAGCCGGCGAUCGGGGACUUCACCUCCCUGUGGCGGGGGACGGACAAGGUCGGGAUCUUGAACAACUCCUUCAUGCGGGCGGCCAUGGACAAGUCGGGCUUCCCUCAGUCCAGGCUCGAGCCGUACCAGGCCACGCAGAGCUUCCACGAGGCGCUGCUCAACGGCACCAUCGGCGCCAUCGUCGACGAGACGCCCUACCUCAGGCUCUUCCUCACGUCCUACUGCGACAACUUCACCAAGAUCGCCCAGAGCAACAAGACCGGCGGCUUCGGCUUCGCGUUCCCCAAGGGGUCGCCGUACGUGGCGGACCUGUCGCGGGCGAUCCUGAACCUCACGGAGAGCGACGAGAUGAGCUUGAUCGAGCGCAAGUGGUUCGGCGACGCGGACGGCUGCGCGGCGCAGGGCAGCCAGUUCACGUCGGAGAGGCUCAGCUUCGACAGCUUCUGGGGCCUGUUCCUCAUCACCGGCGCCACCUCCCUCCUCUGCUGCGCGCUGCACCUGCUCAUCUUCGUCGUGGCCAACCGCCGGCGGAUCUGGGCGUCGCGCGUGCCAUGGAGGAACAGGCUCCGGAUCUUCCUCAAGCUCCUCGACGACAGGGACCUCUCGUCGCACACGUUCAGGACCAACAAGGAUGGCGGCGGGUCGGUGGCUGAUCGGAGCGCUAACGACGCGGGCGCCUCCCCGUCCCCGGCCGUCGUGCGCAUGGAAGCCGGCAGCCCGCUCAGCGUGUCCAACCACACGUACGACAUGAGCGACUGGUCGUUUGGUGCGCCGAGCCCGGCACCUGCUGCAGCUGCAGGUGAGAAUGAGAUCGUCGAGCUGGCUGGCGCCGGCGAGGCAGAGGAGGUGGCCGCAGCUCCCAACCCUGACGGCUCCGGUGAUCAAAGUGGCACAGCCCACAACUGAUCAACUGCUAUUUCCCGACUUCUCUGACUUCUCUGGCAGGAUGCAGGAAAUGGGCAACUGCUGAUCGAUGAUGAUACGUGCAGAUUAAUUCAUUUCAUUGUAAGAGCUCAAGGAUAAUGGCAUGGCGCUGUUUAUAUGCAGGUUAGCUGGAGCUCAUCCUUCUUACGUGUAACGUGUUAAGAUAGGGUGUUUUAAGAUUAAGUAAUUGUAAAUAAUAUUGUAUAUAAACUUCUCGUCUAAGGUCUUGUUUAGUUCACCC